AUGGUCCGUAACAUGUCAAUCGAAGUAACCGCUGUACUGCUGUUGUUCGUGGUGGCCGGUCUCGUCUGGGCGAAACCGUCGCACUCAUCGCUGGAUGCCGCCGACCUGGCCGAUAUCGCUCAGGUGGAGGACGAUGUGGCGCGCAUCAAGCGCUCCGGGAUCGGCUCCGGGAGCGGGUCCUUCGACCUACUGUCCGGACUCAAGAAGACGCUACUGUCCGGGAUCGGGUCCGCGUCGGCCUCCCUGGUAGCCGGUAGCAGCAGCUCGUCGCUGUCAUCCGGCUCGGGCCACGCCAGUGGUGGUAGCAGUGGCGGCGAAGGAGGCCACAGCUAUGGCAGCUCGUCCAGCCACUCGUACGAGAAGCCACACGAUGAGUCCCACUUCGAUGGCUGGUCGCUGAAGAAGUCGAUCCUGAACACGCUGUUCCAGGCGGUGAAGGCCAUCACGGGCGGCGUGACGGCCAUCAAGGGUCAGCUGAUCAAGGGCUCGGGCUACCUGGUGAGCGGGGCCGGCAAGCUAAUCGCCACCGGGGGCGAUGCCGUUACCGGCGUCGGCAAGAAGAUUGCCCUGUCGGCCCACCUGAUCCCACCGAAACACGCGGCCCACCCGUUUGCCAAGCUGAGCGGCCUCCUGUCGUCGUCCUCGGGCGCCCUGUCGUCGUCCUCGUCACCGUCCUCGUCCCAGCACCACCACGAGUCGUCCGCUGAGAGUUACACCGACUACGCAGGACCCACCAGUUACGCAGGCACGCACGAGUCGUCGCACGGUGGCACCUUCAGCAGCAGCGGACCAUCCGGACCGGCGUACCAUUCGCCACCGCACAAGAGCUCCCACAAGACGCCAUCGAUCAACUCGUACGGGGCCGAUCUGGACGACCACCAGCAGCACCACGGUGGCAGCUACGUCACCGGUGGCAAGUACAGCCACUCCUCGGCGGAUGUCGUUCAUCACUACCCGGGCAAGGGGCACCCGGCGAGCGUGGUCGAGGCGUCCGACGUGCUGCGGCAGAUCCUCAACCAGAAAGUUGCCCCGGAGCACGCACCGAAGAAGCUCAUUGCCCAGUACGAGAUCCCGUCGGACUCGCACCCGCCACCGUUCAAGCCGAUGAAACACGGCUACCUGCCGCCGCCACCGUCAGGGUACGGACUGCCCGUGGGACCGAUCGACUCCGUUACGCACUCGCACUCGAUCACCACCUCGUUCGGUCACGCUGCGCCACCGUUCCCCAGCUCGUACGACAUCUACCGCUCGAUGAGCCUGAAGCACGGUCACCCGGGCCACGACACCGACUCGUCGUUUCCGAGUCCGCGCUCGAAGCCGCUCGGUGCCCCGACAUCAGUGGCGUACGAGCUGUUGCCACCGAAGACGGGCACCGACGAGUUUGUGCACGAGCAGCAGCUACACGACCUGGCCAAGCACCUCGGCAACGGCAUCGAGGUGCAGCGAUCGCUGACGUACGAGAUCGCGGACCCGGCGCUCACGAAGCACAAGCGUCGCUCGGACGAAACCAGUGACACCAACGACGACAAGGCAGCUGGUGCGGCUGCCGCUACUGCUGCGGCUACUGCUGGCAGCACCGAGACGUAG